AUGGCAAGUCUCAACGCCGACGCCAUGCUUCCACGAGCCGAGCAUCUCGUCCGGUCGCAACCGCUCAGAGGCGCUCUCGCCGUCGCUGGCGGCACCGCACUCUUGGCCUUUCUCAACUUCGCAUACCAAGACUACCGCGCCUACGUCGCCCUGGGCCCUCACGGCCUCCCGGACACCUUCCGCGGAUGGUGUACCCAACUGCAGAUGGUCCUCAUUUCCCGCCCGGAAAAGGAAACGACGGUUCCGGCACCGUGGAGCAUGGCCGACAUGGUGAGGGCCUACGGCACCAACGCCGCGCGAUCCUUCCUGACCCGGCCCCUGAGCCCGCGGUCCGGUUCUCGCCCCCAGCUCUGCAAGUACGUCGCGCCUCAGCGGCAGAUGAACGACCGCGCGUCGCAGACGAUGAAGGAGGACAUGUUCGCCUACCUGCGCACGCUGGCCGAAGUGAACCCGGCGGUCCUCCAGGUCGGCAACUCUUUCCUCGAGGGCCCUGUGCCUGGGGCCCUGCAGCUGCGGCAGGAUGUCGAUAUCCCCGAUUUCCUGACGAAGACCAAGGGGGAGAUCGCCCAUAUCCACCCGCCGGACGGCUCGACGCAUCUUGAGCUGAGCCCGGCCGAUUCGAAGACGGUCAUCGAGCUGGGUUGGGGCCAGCGACAUCGACUGAGUGGACCUUACAUACCAUGGGGAUAUACGCUGGUGUAUGCGCCGAAGGACAGGCGCGAGAUGGAGGAGUGGAAGAAUGUGGUCGGUGCCGCGGCGAGGUACUGUGCGGCUGAGCUCGAGGCUGUUCAGGAUCCCAAGGAGACUUGA